GACGGCCCCUGCGGCGCGCAGCAGCGUCUUCCGGGUGGAGCGCGGAGGCUGCCCGGUCAUGGCGCGGAAGAAAGUGCGGCCGCGGCUGAUCGCGGAGCUGGCCCGCCGUGUGCGGGCCAUGCGCGAGCAGCGGGAGCGGCCGCGCGACUCGGAGCGCUACGCCCUGGACUACGAGACGUUGACGCGGCCGCACUCGGGCCACAAGCUGCCCAUGCGAGCCUGGGCCGACGUGCGCCGCGAGAGUCGCCUCCUGCAGCUGCUCGGCCGCCUCCCGCUCUUCGGCCUGGGCCGCCUCGUCACGCGCAAGUCCUGGCUGUGGCAGCACGACGAGCCGUGCUACUGGCGCCUCACGAGGGUCCGGCCCGACUACACCGCACAGAACUUGGACCACGGGAAGGCCUGGGGCAUCCUGACCUUCAAAGGAAAGACAGAGAGUGAGGCUCGGGAGAUAGAACAAGUCAUGUACCACGACUGGCGGCUGGUGCCCAAGCACGAGGAGGAGGCCUUCACCGCUUUCACGCCGGCGCCGGAGGACACCCUGCGCUCUGUGCCCUACCCGCCGCUCCUCCGGGCAAUGAUUCUAGCCGAGAGACAGAAAAAUGGAGACACCAGCACGGAGGAGCCCAUGCUCAAUCUGGAGAGGAUACGCAUCGAUCCCUGGGACUAUCCUGAGAACCAGGAGGCCAAGAAAAAGACCAAGGGCACCGCAGUCUAAAAUGCUGGAGCGGGCAGGCUGCCCCAAGGGUGCAAGGCGUGGCAUCAUUUUGGGUUACACCUGAAUCAGCCCCCUGGGAGCUUGGAUCCUACCUCCCCGUGACUUGUUGAGGUUCUACGUUUUCGUGGAAAGAGGUUGGGGUCGGACCCUGCAUCCUGUGUCCUUCCUUUGUCCCCGCUGCCCCAACACCCAUAUCUGACUGAGGGGGGCAUUGCAGGAGGUGGCUGCUGGGGGGAAAGCUGGAAGCAGCAGGGCCAGCAGGUGUGGAGCCCCGGUGCUGGCACCUGUCACUUCGACGCUGGCUCCCCUCCCCGUGACCUGUUGCUUCUGCCGGGAGCCAGGCAGAAACUGAACGCGAAUAAAAGCACACGAAGUAGCCCCGGGAUGUGGCUUCUUUGACUUUGGGGUUGGGGGUCCAAAGCGGGUUGUAGGCAGGGCUGUGGGGAGGAGCACUGCUGCUAACGGCCGGGU